AUGGCAUCGAAGGAAAGCAGCCAGACUCCGUCGGAAGGCGAGAAUGAUUUCAUCAUCGACAUCGUUACGUUCAAGGGAAUCAAAUUCCUCUCGAACGAAUGUGCCGACGACCCCGCCAAAAUCGAGAACAUGAAAUUGCCGCGACGACUACAUGUGUUCGUGCUACGGUUCCCCAAUGACGAGACGAGAUGCGAGGUCGCCACGAAUAUUCAAAACGCAUAUCCAUGGAGACACGUCCCCGCAAAGAGCGCCAGAGAGAAGAAGUGCAAGAUUAUCUACGUGAGCCGCAAUAUAAAGGACGUCGUCGUGUCCGCUUACUUCAUGUUCAAGGACAUGAAAAUGAGGGUAGUGGCGUCAGGUGUGGAGGGAGUCACUGGCAUGGAAAACGUGCAUGCGUGGACUAUGCGACAGUACAUGGAAAGAAUGGCAGGCGACCAAGUGGUAUUUGGCAACUAUUUUGAGCACAAUCUGGAAUAUUGGGAGCAGAGAAACAGCGGCCACGUUCUAUUUCUCUUCUACGAAGAUCUAGUUGAGGACCUGGCAGGGGGCGUGCGUCGCAUCGCAGACUUUCUAGACAAACAGCUGAGCGACGAACAGGUGGCGACCAUCGUCAACGAGACAGGCUUUGAUCGUAUGCGCACCAAUCCGCUCACGAACUGGGAGUUCCUCACGGAGACGGGACUGCGAGAUGCUGCCGCACCACCGCUCGUCCGCAAAGGAAAAGUUGGCGACUGGAGGAAUCACUUUGACGACGAGAUGAGCGACUUCGCGGACGCCCUCUGUAGGAAACAUUUUGAACCAGUCAACUUGAAGCAUAGAUUUGAGUAGCUGAGGAGAGCAAAUAUAUGCCGAUAAUAUGGCAAUAAUAUGCCGAAACAAAGUUUAUGAACAAAUGCUUGCCUUUAAAUGAAAAGUCACAGUUAUAUAGUUUGUAAUUGAUUUCGUUGAUUUAAUAAAGCAACUCUGCGUAUUACGAGAUAUAAUUAUAACACA